UUAUAAUGGUUUAAAGUGUUUCAAGUAUCUAAAGUCAUUUAGAGAAUUGUAUAUAAACUGUGAAAUUAAUUAUUAACCAGUGUAACAUUGUAAUGCUUUAGCUAGUGAUAUUAAUGAGGUAUUUAAUGCGUGUAAAACACUCCCACAUAUGAGUAACAGAAACGGUGCGUCUCAUUUCGCUCCCUAUAAAUUAAAUCAGUUUAUCAUAAACACGAGUCCGGUCACUGGAACAUAGUGAUGGAGAAACGGAGCUUUUUUUUUAAACCGAGUCAACUGAAUCAAUUUAUCCGCAAAAUGAUUCAGUGAUUCAAAUCGCUGAUGAGACCUGCUGCUCAAAACAACAAACACAAACUUGUGUAUUGACAACUUUUUACAAACCACCUGCAAAUGCUUUCAUGAACGUUAGAAUAUUUUAAAUAUAACCAGUAAAUCCCACAUAUAAAUCUUAAUAGAAUUUGUUUAUAAUUUGUGUCCUGUUAUUAAUUAGAUUUUUUUGGGGGGGUCAUAUCAGGAGGUCAUUUAAUGUCAUUAACUAUAACUAAGACUGACUACCAGGAGCUGAUUGAGAUGCAAAUUAGAGGUUUAGUUUGGAAUUAUUUUUCUUUCUGUCAAUUAUUCUCAUCUUAAACAGGACAAAGUGUCCAAACACACAGAAAAACUCCUGGUGAAGCAACUGAGAUCCACAUGACACACUAUAAUAAAGAUGGCGUUUAUUAAAGAGGAGAGUGAAGACUUGAAGAUUGAAGAAACAUUCAGAGUCAAACAUGAAGAUACUGAGGAACAAAUAAACAUGGUGUUUAUUAAAGAGGAGAGUGAAGACAUGAAGAUUGAAGAAACAUUCAGAGUCAAACAUGAAGAUACUGAGGAACAAAUAAACAUGGUGUUUAUUAAAGAGGAGAGUGAAGACAUGAAGAUUGAAGAAACAUUCAGAGUCAAACAUGAAGAUACUGAGGAACAAAUAAAAAUGGCGUUUAUUAAAGUGGAGAGUGAAGACAUGAAGGCAUUCAGAGUCAAACAAGAAGAUACUGAGGAACAAACAGACUUGUCACAGCACUUACAAAUGAGGACAAUGGAAGCAAUCAAAACCAACAAAAGAGCAAUAAUAUAUCUAAUGGCAGUGAAAGAGGAACGACAAGACCUGAAUGAAACCAAAGAGAAAGAUCAAAAUGAAAAACAUCAUGAUUUCAAAACUGAAGAAAAAUCUUUUAGUUGCUUACAAACUGAAAAGGUUUCCUCACCAAUAACAGCUCAAAAAACUCCAACUACAAAUCUUAAUUCCCACAUGAGAAUUCAAAAUGGAUGGAGUGCUUUCACCUGCCAACAGUGUGGACAGAUUUUCAGUUGCAAAGAAGUCCUUGAAGUCCACAUGAAAAUCCACUUUGAAAAGAAGCCGUUAAUAUGCCCUCAGUGUGGAAAGUGUUUUACACGGAAAUAUCACCUUAAUGCCCACAUGAUCAUUCACACUGGAGAGAAGCCUUUCACCUGCCCUCAUUGUGGAAAUAGUUUCAGGGUUAAAGGAAACCUUAAGACUCACAUGAGAAUUCACACUGGAGAGAAACCCUACACCUGCAAACUGUGUGGGAAGAGUUUCAGGGUUAAAGGAAACCUUAAGAUUCACAUGAGAGUUCACACUGGAGAGAGACCUCACAAGUGUCUUAAGUGUGAGAAGAGUUUCACAUGUCAAAGCAGCAUGAAACGUCAUUUGCAAACUCAUUCUGGAGAGACAUUGCCAUUUUCUUCAGAGUGACAAGGUUUAAAAAGGAGCGAUUUCUACAAUCAUCUGUGCAUUCCUUCUCAAAGACAAUUUAACUGUAGUCUGUGUAAUAAAAACGUGCGAAGUCAUGCAAACGUGAGACCAUGUUUGUGUUCUUUGUUAAAGAGUAUAAGAAAAAUUGUCUGACUGACACCAUGACGACUACUUUUACUUGCAUCCUUGACUUCUUUAUGCUUCACCAUAAGGCUUCUUAUUUUCUUUUGUGCAUAUGUACUCUGUUGGCCAUACCUGACUGUCUUUUUUUGCUGUGGUUUAAAAUAUUGGAGCAGUUGCGGUACAUUUCUUCCAAUUUCGACUAUGUUGGGCUGUUCUUGGCCAUUCAAAGCAGCCAAGGACCGCCCAAGACAGGAAGGUAAAGCAACCACUCAUAUUCCUUUUUGUGCUGCGUCGUGUUUAGGGGCGUGGAAAUGUCCACAUAAUAACAGACUGGGCUGUGUUUCCCAAAAGCUACAUAAGGCUAAGUAGAUUGUACUAAUCAUCUUAGAUUACAAUCCAUUUCCCAAAUGCAUCGUAACUUAAGUAGAACUUGAAAAUCAUCGUAGAUCUACGAGUGCUGAAAAGUAACUCCCUAAGUCAGGCGUGUAAAACUCAGUUCCUGGAGGGCCGCAGUCAUGCAGAGUCUGGUUCCACCACACAAACCAUGUAGUUUUCAAAUAAGCCUAAAUGACAUGAUUAGCUGGAUCAGGUGUGUUUAAUUAGGGUUGCUUCUAAACUCUGCAGGGCUUCGGCCCUCCAGGAACUGAGUUCGACACCCCUGUCCUAAGUGUAUCUUAAGGAGACGGAUUUAUAGGGUCACCUGCAGGACAACUGGUAAAGUGCCCAUAAACUUUACUCCUUCCCAAUGUGAUUUAAGUAUUAUUCUUACAUAUCGUUGCUUGUGUAUUUGUUUGUUUGAAAUAAUUUAACAUAAAAUACAAAUUAAAUUACUGAACACAAAUUAAAGUAUGAAAAAGAAAUAAAACAUACACUGCUGUAUAAUUUAUCUACCAGGGGAAUGGCUAGUGUGCUUUACCGACUUGGAAAAAACAUGUUAAUGAAUUUCCUGACGUGCAUGAAAACCAGCCAUGUAUUGUACCCAGAAAUUACAUACUAUAAUAUAUAUUGUUACAUACAGUAUAUUAAAUUAUAUUAUAAUCUUGAGUCACUGGAACAUAGCAUUAAGCUAAACAAUUCAAUAAACAAGCGUGUACUACAAUUACGAGCCAUUCUAUAAGAUGACAUUUGUGACACAAGGUGCGAUUGUGUUAAAUGCAUUUUUGGGAAACAUGUAAAACAAUAACAAAAUGACUCAGAAAAUGCUCUUAAGCGCUAAGAUCAAUUGUUAUUGAGAAACGCAGCCCUGGUGUGUAAAACUCUUGGACGUAUUUUAAAGAGUCUAUGCCACAAACUUUACAUAUUUCACACAAUUUUGUGUUUGUCUGCUUGACGGUCCUAACCGUGGGUGUUGUCGAAUUAUUUGAAUGUGGAGACCGAUUUUCUCUGUUCUUUACAGUUCAUCUGGAGGUAGGACAUUUUUUUUGCUGUCACUCCUUGUGGUUGUAUUCAGAGGGUUUUCUAAUGAUCCCAUUUUCACUGGCUUACCACUCCAUUCCUACUGCCUUUCCACUACAUUGCAUGCUCUGCCCUAACGAGCUUCUGCCUGACGAUGGGCAUGAUCUCCGCUCAUCAUGACUUGGUGUUUAGCAUCUGCAAGAAGCAUGUACAGACCUGUGCCCGUAUUGUAAUUUGCUGCCUAUGUCAGCGGGACAGGACCACAACCAGAAUGCUAGUGUUUUGCUAGCAGAUCUGACUUUGUGGCAGAUAGGUCAAAAGUGCCGCGCCUCAGCAGCUGCUGGUGCUCCUCGGGCUAAGAAAAAAUUGAGUGUUAGUGGUAGUCGUUUAGAUGGACUCCUGUUGUCAAAGACAGUUGCUUGCCUUUCUUCAGACAUGGCAGAGAUGUCAAUAGCUAACACAGGGGCAGUGUACCCCAAAUUUGCAACCAUGUUUUCGCCGGGGACCCCCUGCUCUGCACAUUUUGCAUGUCUCCCUUAUUUAACACCUGACUGAGAUCAUCAGCUUGUUAGUUCAGUUCAUGGCUCUCACCCUAACAAGCUGAACAUCUCAAUCAUUACAAUAAUUACAAAAUGUUAUCAUCAUAUUGAUAUAUAAGACCAUGUCCACACAAGUUGUUCCUUCUGUUUUUAAAGAAAUCUCCGUCCACAUGAAAACGCAAACUCAUGCUAUGAAACACUGUCAAGAGCAUGCCAAACCAACAGGUGGCGAUAUAAUCUCAACAGAAAAGCCAUGUUGGCCAAUCAGAAGCCUGAAAAAGUUUCCAGUAGGUGGAGAUAACAGUGCAUGCUCCGAGGUCACAAGCCAAAAUCUCCGGUUUCGCUGUCUACACGAUAACACUGCAACUGGUGUUUUUGAAAAUCUUCACCCUGGCAGGAGUUUUCAAAAAUGUUUGGUUUAAGUGACCAGGUGCAGCGUUUGCAUGUGGAUGAACGGCCAAACCGCAUAGAAAAAGCUGCGGUUUUGAAAAUAACCCCGUUCGUGUGGACAGGGCCUAAGAGUUCUGAAUUUACGUAUUAAGUCAGUGUUGGGCUGAAUGGCUAAACCAUGACAACUUCUUUAUAUAGUUGGGAUUUUAUGAUAAUAUUUGUGUUAUGUACUAUUGUGUGCACUGAUUGCAUGGUAAAAAGAUCAAAUGUGUGGUAAAGGUUUCUGUUGGUUGCAUUUAUUGAGGCCCAAAUAUUUGGUAAUUGGCUGUCAGUAUGCUUUGUUGUAAUGAAUGGAAAAUAUUAUCAGUGUGUUAUAGUAGUUGGAUAAUUUGAGUAUGCUUGUCCUUUGGGCAAGUAAAUCAGUAAUUUAGUUGUUUCAGUAAAAAGGUUGCUUGUCCGGAUAAAAUACGAAUAAAAUAUAAUUUAUUCUGAAGCAAUAUUCUCAUCAGUGUUUUGUCACUUUCGACAUUUAAAUCUGCAUAUUUGUGAUAAUUACCCUGAGGGCAUUUCCCCCCUAAUCUUUUUAAAGUUUAAUCUUUCCUUUUAAAUCCUUAAAUUUAAAUCAAUGAAUAUAAUUAGAAUAAGACAUUAGGGCUGUUAACAAUCAAAUAAUGUUAUGAGAAUGGUGUAAAUAUAUACAGGUGCUGGUCAUAUAAUUAGAAUAUCAUCAAAAAGUUUAUUUCACUAAUUCCAUUCAAAAAGUGAAACUUGUAUAUUAUAUGACUAAGGUGCCCUUGAGCAAGGCACCGAACCCCUAAUUGCUCCCCGGGCGCUGGAGCAAGGCUGCCCACUGCUCCGGGUGUGUGUUCACUGUGUGUGUGUGUGUGUGUGUGUUCACUUCUCACUGCUGUGUGUGUGUGCACUUGGAUGGGUUAAAUGCAGAGCACCAUUUUAAACAAGGAUAAUUAAUCAAACACAGGUGAGACUAAUGGAACUAAACGGGCAUGAAACACGGGAGAAACUGGGUCACGGGGGAAAACAUUAGCAUAGCCUUUAUCACUGUAUAUACUAUAAAAAUUUGUAUGAUUACUGCCUCAUUCUGUGAUAUGAAACCACAUCUGGUCACAAAGUUAUUUCAAACACUUGACUGAUGUUAUGAAGUUAAUUUGGAGAAAAAAGCAUGUCAAUAAAUGAUAUCGUUGUUGGACAACAGGUCUGUAAACACACUCAUACACAUGCAAAACUGUAUUGCACACGUGCUACUGUACUGUAGUACAUUUAUUCAAGGUUCAGACCGAUUUUUUUUUUUUUUGCACAGUACAGCCCUGACCAAACCAGUUCCAGACUGUAAGAGCUCUUCAUUUAGUAAUAUACUCAAUUUCACGUCCGCCUUCCGCCAUGUCGCUCUGCACAGUCGCACACAAAAAUCAAAACCCCGUGACCGACCUAAUUCUGAGAAGUUUUUCAUUUGGUAGAGAAGCUUGCAUUUUUAUUGUAUCGAGUAAAGUGCCCAGGAAUAGCAAAUAUAAGACGAAGGAAAGCUUAUAGACAUUCAACAGUAUCCAACACAGUGCUUCCGAUAGACAGUUAAAAAUGUGCGGACUGCUUCAACACUCAAAUGUUAGUCUAAUUGUAAACUAGAAUUUUCAAUUCCAUUUGACACCGAAAAGAGCCCAGUCUGAGGGAUGAAUAGGUAUAGUUUUGAAAUCAUCUGUAAUGUUGUUAAUGUUGGCUUUAGCUAGCCAAGCACCCUGACCUGCUAACUUGAUUAACUGAAUGGCGUUAUUGACUGAAGCGUAAUGUAAAGUGAAAGGUACUGAAGGGAUUCAUUCAUUCAUAGCUAUAUUAUUAAAAUUAGGAGAGGACAUGUCGAAAAUUAACAGUUUUUUCCCUGAAUAUUUACAGGUAGCGACUCCAGAGUUAAAAUAAAGUUAAAAGGUCCGAUCACAUAUCCUUUAUUUACUUCUUUCUCCAGCAGAGCAGAAACCACAUCAGGCUCUGCAAGAGCUGAUUGCAAGUUUUUUGCUACGAAAUAAGUAGAGAGAGAGGAAAGGACUCCCACCCGAAACCAUUGAGACAAACCAGUAAUUAAGAAAUCGACAAAAGAAGGAUCAGGGUGAGAAGAGAGAUAGCAUGAGAGUACUGGGACAAUUGGAGUAGAGGGGGAAUUUCCUUCGUAACAGGUAGCAGGGCCUGUAUCGACGUGGCCAGACCAAUUUUGGGUGUGGGUGCUUGCAAAAAUCUACAAACAUGAGCAAAUUUGCAUUGAGGAGAAGACCACAGAGAUUCAUUAAAGUUAUUGCAUACAGCAAUGCCAUUUAAUUCCAAAAUAGGAUACCCUUUAAUGUCAAAUGGCAUGCUUACAUUUUCAGCUCCAUGGACAGCAGCCAGAACUCGGCUAUUGUGCACUUUGGGGCAGAAAGGUGCCGAGUGACCAUGAGAGCUACAGAUAGCGCAAGCCAAGAUUUUCUGACCGCCAAAAUGACAGACUAGCAGUUCCGUGUAAUUGACCAGUCUAUCCUAGAGUUAAAGAAUGUUAUAAAAGAAGCGGACUUCGCUGUGAAUGAUUUAUGAUACUCAUAAAAUAACGUGCCCCCAUACUGUUGAUUAAAAUCUGGCAUCAUAGCCAAGUUGUCACGAAUCUGGUCUGCACUUCCAUUCACCCUCCACCAGAGGUCACUCGCUCACCACAUGGACUUCACACCACACAUCACAAUGGACUCCAAUUCCCAUCAUCCAACACUGAUCACAGCUGUCACCAAUCACUCAUUGCACUAAUCACACGCACACCUGAUCACACAGCUCUCACUAAUCACACACUCUAUUUUAACCCUGGACUUUAUUUCCCUCUUGGCCGAGUAUUGUAUGCGUUUACCGCUCCCCUAGCCGUAGCUACUUUACAGAGCCCACUUAGUUUCCCUAGUCUUGCCUUUUUCGGAUUGUGUCUUCCCCUGCCUGGACUCUCGCUGACGUUUUGGAUUACCUCUCUUGUCUAGCCCAUGUGAUACUGUACGCCGAUCGUCGACCCACGCUUGUCUUUGUUUACUCUUUGUCUCUGCUAAAUAAAAGCUUUCUUAUGGAUCCGCACGUCUCAACGUCUCGUCAGCCCCGUUACACAAGUAAAGAUCCAAUUCUUCCCUUCGAUCAGGAAAAGCUUGACAUAAAAUAUCUAUGCAAUGACUAAUUCGGCAAAUGAAAGAUUCUGUUGCAGUCUAGGAUCUGACGUUUUGAGGAAAACUGCCACGUCACCACAGUCAACCAUUUGCUGAUCAGCUGUGGGUGAAAGGAGCAGCAGUGAAACUAAGUUAAUGUCUUUACCUUGGAUAAUGUUUGAUCUUAGUUGAGGGGACACGGUAACUGCGGCAGGGGAUACAAACCGCCUUACCAAAACUUGUGCUGGAACUGGAGAGAUUGAAAUGAGAUGUCAAGUAGAUGGAGCAGUUGUGUCUUGAUUUGGAGAGUGGGCCGGAUGAUGAGCAGGCGCCUGUAGUGCCGAGGAUGUAGGAGGAGCACUCAUAGGAUUGCUAAAUCCAGGUAGAUGAGGAAAUCCCAGGAGGGAGCCUGAAGAGCUUGUAGGCGGAGACGGAGUUAUCCCUGGACUACGACCAGCACGUGUUCUUGAAGAAAGCCAUUCUGGCAGUUACGGUGUUAGACGGAGGCAGUGAGGCUUGUACAGAUAGCAUAGGUUUUUUCGCUUGACGAGGAGAAGAUGACUUAGCCCAAACAAACCUGUAGGAAGCGGUCUGCUGAGCUGGCAGUGCUGAGGUUGACUGAACAGCGUCUGCAGGCAGGGCUGGGAAGGUUACUUUUAAACUGUAUUUCGUUAAAGAUUACAAAAUACAUGCUUUAAAAAGUAUUUUGUAACAUAUUUCAUUAAUUACUUAAUUUUAGUAACUUAAUCUAAAUACUUUGGAAUACUUCGGAAUACUUGAGGUAAGGGGCAUAUUAACUUUUUGUUUUUGUUAACCACCUCUAAAUAAAACUGUGUGGCAUGAAUACAUUUAAAACAGUUAUCGAUGCAUAAAUAAUGCUAUGAGAUUAAUAUUUUCAAUACAACAUUUUGAACAUAGAAAUAAAAAAGUAUGGGAGUAAAUUAUGCUUUUAAAUAUGAAACUAAAACCACCAGUAGGUGGUGGUCCAUAAGUCACUGUCUUAAUGAAAGAGUUAUGGAAUCAUUCGAUUCGUUCAAAAGGACUGAUUCAUUCAGGAAUCAAGCAAGUGAUUUUAUGAAUGUAAUUGAAUCAUUCUCAGCUGAUUCGUUCAAAACGCGGCUUCAUUCAGGAACCAAAUGUUGCUCGCAAACGCGCAACUAUUCUGAUGUGGAUUUAUUUUGAAGGCAGUGGUUAUUUGCAUUAAGUGCAAAUAUCCAUAAGUUUUAUUUACACCAUGUAGGAAAAAAGUAGCAUUUCCUUUGCAACAAAUAAUAGUAAUUAGAUGCUAAUACUUAUUGCAAACAGUGGCAGAUACGUAAUGGGAAAAGGGAGAAGAACGGGAGUUGAAUGAGUUCGGCAUAAGGCGGAUUUAAACUCAAAUCUUAUCACCACGUGUCUCAAAUAGGCAUCUUUUCUAAUGAUGUCAAUCCCAAACAGAUUUGCGCUUAGUGUAAAUAGACCAGCGGUUGUAUGGAACCAUUUUUGUUUGCGCUAUAGAGCAAAUCAGACAACACUGUUCUUUUAAUAAGUCACUAAAUAUUAACUUUUUGUUAUGAAUCGCAUAAAAUCAGCGUCACAUUUGCAGUCGCCUCUGCGACUUUCAGUUUCAUUCGCGGCAGUUUGCACGUCGGCUUGCUGAAGAGAUACUCAGCUACUCAUCCGCGGUGAUGCUUGUUGCAUUAGCGCCGUCAUAUCUGACUAUAACAUGCAAUAUAGCCUAUAAAACACUCUCACAUGUUUAUUAUUUUAAUAUUUUGGGAGAAGUAAAAUUAGUGUAUGUGGUUUCAACAACCAUAUGCAUUUACACUUGUCCAGUUUCGUCUGGAAUGCGGCCCAGACCACCUUCUGAAGUGGUUUGAGCGAUCAGAUUUAUAUCCGUCUCGAAUGCGUUUCGGAGGGCAUUUACAUCUGAUCUUUUCAGGAUUGGAUAGGUAUCCAAUCAGAAAAAAAACGUAUGAAGUGACCAGGUGUAAACAGCACCUUUGAGAGAGUGAGAGCGAUAACACCAAAUUUAACACACCUGCUCCCCAUUCACACUUGAAACCUUGUAACACUAAUGAGUCACAUGACACCGGGGAGAGAAAAUGGCUAAUUGGGCCCAAUUUGGACAUUUUCAUUUAGGGGUGUACUCACUUUUGUGGCCAGCGGUUUAGACAUUAAUGGCUGUGUGUUGAGUUAUUUUGAGGGGACAGCAAAUUUACACUGUUUUACAAGCUGUACACUCACUACUUUACAUUGUAGCAAAGUCUCAUUUCUUCAGUGUUGUCACAUGAAAAGAUAUAAUAAAAUAUUUACAAAAA